CACCACCAGACCACGCGGCCUGUCGACGUUUUGCCCACAGUUGAAAGUUCACAGCGAGCAUGGCUGUGUCUCUGAUCUGCCAUAACACACAGAGCAGAGUGAGCUCAGUGCUGAACAGAGAUGUCAAACAGUUCGGGAAGAAGUUCAUGUUUGAUUCGAAUGAGGAGACCUGCUGGAACUCUGACCAGGGCGAUCAGCAGUGGGUGUUAUUGGAGUUUCCCGUGCCGGUGAAGGUGUCUGAGCUCAGGCUGCAGUUCCAGGGAGGAUUCUCAGGAAAAUCCUGCAAGUUAGAAGGCUGCAGUAAAGAGGCUAAUCUUGAACACAUUGUGGACUUCUACCCAGAAGACAACAACUCACUACAGAGCUUUCCCAUUCAGGAUGCUCCGCUGGUUCAGAAGCUUAAAAUAGUGUUUGAAAGCAGUACAGACUUUUUUGGAAGAAUAAUCGUUUACUCUUUAGAUGUCCUGGGAGAACAAGCUUUGUAAUGUUUGGAGAAGACAACAAAUGAGAGGACCAGGAAAACAAACAGGCAACCAGCUCGCUGUGAUGGACAGAUUGCAUGAACUGCACAAGUGGACUUAAACUUUUUUAUGAAUGGCUUCACAUGCCAAGACAAAUCAACCCAUGCAAGUAUAUUUGUAAUGUUAUUUUUAUUAAAAAGGUAAAAAAAAGUUUACAUUCAGAGCAAGAAAAGCAA